GGGCGGGCCGCAGUCCCGCGCCGAGCCGCCGCCAGCGCCGGUCCGCCGCUGCGCGAGCGCACCCUAUCCAGUUCACGGCCGCUCUAUAACCGGACGGCUAUUUCGGCGCAUAAUAUACCGCACCGUGCGGCGUAGUGUUCAGUUUCGCGCAGGCAGGUGCGCGGGCCGAGGUCGGCAUGCCGCGCGGGCCCGCCUGACCCCAUGUGACCGCGGCCAUGGAGCGCCGCCGCCGCCCCGCCCGCCUCGAGCCCGCGCCCGACCCCAUGGGCAAGGUGGCCCGUCGGCGCGACAAGCCGCGCGAGCGCUGGCUGCUCACGCGCAAGACAUGGAAGUACAUGUCGGACGCCGGCCGCCGGCUCAUCCCGGACGGCGCGCAGAACCGGCCCGAGGACGUGCCGCGCCUCGAGGCCUACUUUCAGGAGGUCUGUGCCAAGGAGCCGCGCUUCCUGCUGUGGCGCAAGAGCUCGUACCCGGGCGCGCUGCCUCGCCCGCGCCGCAAGAAGCGCUCCCGCGGCGGCUCCGUGCGCGCGCGCUCGCCCGCCGACGACGCGCCCGCGCCGCCGCAGCGCCCCACCGACCUCUACAUCGGGCACACCUCGGGCGGCCGCUUCGACAUCGCCAAGCUCCGCCGUGACUUCUUCGCGGCGCCGGGCCCGGCCGCCUCCACCUCUAAGUUCAACGCGCCGGGAGCGUCGUCAGCGCAGGCGCGAGGUGCCGCAGGGUUCGGGGAUGUGAGCCGGACACUGCCAGAGGAAGAGGAGAGUUGCUUAGUUGAUUUAUUGCGCAAGUACCUGAAAGUAGAGGAUGAUUCCGGUCCGACGAGACACUCGGACACGGAUGAGCUAGUUCGCUCUUUAAGGAAGUAUCUUAAGCAGCAGUCAGAGCGGGUCCCCGCUGAUGCUGAUUCCAACCCCUCUCGGGAGAGAACCCUGCUGGAGAACCUCGGCAGGUACUAUGUACGGUCUCCGAACAGGGAUAAUAUAGUGCAGGACCUAUUGACCGAUAGGAAUUUAUUGAAAAGACUGUAUCAUGACCUCCGCAAAACCAAGCCCUACAGAGGCGCGAGGAGCGGAGGUAGUGGUGGUGCUAGUGGCUCCGGCGGGUAUGGACCUAGUGGAUUCAUCAGUGCCCUUAACUCUAACUCUAGAAGUGUUCCGCGGAGUCGAACUGUUGGUGUUACGCGUUUUAAAGAUGACGAGGACUCGUAUAGAACACCGCCGAUGUCCCCACCGCCACUUAUCGAGGUGUUCCACGAGUCACUGGAGGAUAAGUUCGUGGAGUGUGGGACGCAGACGCAUGCUAUUCCAGAGGAAGUGUUGCAGGAGUUGGAGCGUGCGUACCGGGAGAAGCUGGAGGCGCAGACGGCGCCCACCAGCCCGACGGGGCCCGCGCCCGAGCGGCCCAAGCCGGCGCGCCGCCGCUCCAGCGUGGACCACGACGACGUGUCGCAGUCCGUCAGCGACACCAUCAAGCGGUACCUGAGGAUGGCGCGCAAGAAGAGCGUGGACGCCGACAAGGCAGAUCGCUUCAAGCGUAUAAACUACGACAAGAACUUGCGGAACAUCAAGCCUCGGAUGCCGAGUGACGUUGACGAUGAUGGUCCGCACAAGGGUUGUCAGACAGACGAAGGGUGGAUUUUGACGUACCGUGACUUGCAAUUCGCGUCGGUAGCGUCGACGCCGACGUCGCCGCCGUCGCCGGCGUCGCCUUCGCAGUCGCAUUCGUUCUUGUCGACGUUGCUCGGGAGAAGUGCCCCGACGGUUGCUCCUCCGGCAGGUGGCAUGCAGAAGUCGCGGUCUUCGAGCAGCGUAGUGCAGAGCGUGAGCAAGCGGCUGUGGCGCACCCGGAGCCGGAGCUCGUCGCGCGUCGCCGCCACAUGGACGCCUCAGGGCAGCUGCUGCUGGGCAGACGGCAGUGGGCGAUGCGUGCGCUUGACGGACACCUCGCUGCUGACCCUCAGCGAGGUGGAGCGGAGAGCACUGCAGCAGGCCGCGCUAGCGAGGCUGCAGCAGAUCAACCUUGGUACUGCUAUCAAGAUACCCGAGGAGAAUGCGGUGGCGGCGACGAAGCCAAAGCGUCGCGCGUACCUGCUGAAGAGGAAGGCGCUCACCACCGGCUUCUUCGACCAGAGGGGCGCCAAGGAUGCCGACAAGGAUAAAGCAGAGUCCACGGGCGGCAGUGUGUUCGGCGUGCCGCUAGCGCAGUGCGUGGAGAGCGAGCGCGCGCUGCGACGGCAGCAACAUGGCGGCUCCAGAGCCUCCCUCGCCUCCCUCGGAGCGCUGGAGAAGGGCGAUGAUAGUGAAUCCUGCGACUCCGGCGACUGGGGCUGGGCCGGCCUGGAGGAGGCUGGCCUGGGGGGGCCGAAGGUGCCCGGCAUCGUGUCCGCCUGCCUCUCGCAUCUGAGGAGGCAUGGCAUGCACACGCUCGGACUCUUCAGGGUAUCGGCUUCUAAGAAGAGGGUUAGACAGUUACGCGAGGACUGGGAGCGGAGUCAGGAGGCGGCGCUGGACUCGGCGGUGUGUCCGCACGACGUCGCCACGCUCCUGAAGGAGUUCCUGCGAGAUCUCCCCGACCCGCUACUGUGCAGGGACCUGUACCCCGCAUUUUUGCACACGCAAAAAAUCCACAACCGUCGCUUCCAAUGGGAAGCGCUCCGGCUGAUCGUGCAGCUCCUCCCAGCAGCUCACCGGGACACCCUGAACGCCCUGCUCUCGUUCCUGGCGCAGCUCGCAGCCCACUCAGAGGACGACCACGAGCCGGGAAACAAGAUGGACGCCGCUAAUCUGGCGACUAUAUUUGCACCAAAUAUACUGCAUAGGAAUAAGCCUAAUGAGCCUGCCAGCGUGGAGCAGCUAUCAGAGCGCGCCGACGUGAUCAACGUGGUGCGGCAGCUGGUGGAGAAGCAAGCGGAGCUGUGGACGCUGCCGGCGGAGUUGCUGCACGAGGCCUACAUACACCUCGCGCACACCGCUCCCGCGCACCUCGACUCCUUGCUGCUGAGGAGAGCUGAGUGUGCUGCAGAGGCGAGUGCGGAGAACAAUGACAACACCUUGAGACAGGUGUGGUCCAGAGAACAGUUCCUGCAUGGUGCUGCCGCUACUGGUGGACCAGGGAAUCUGCCCAGACGCAGUGAGAAGAGCUACUCGCGCCGGCGCACGAGAGAGACGGCGGCCUCCGACACCUCCUCCGGCUCUCUCUCCUCCGCCAUGACUAUCGUAACUAGGGUCCGCAGCAGUGAGGAGUGUGGCAGCAGCGGCGUGGUGUGCGGCGGCAGCACGCCGGCCGCGCGCACCGACUCCAACGACUCCAAUGAUUCCGCCAGCGACUACAAUGAGACGCUAGGCGGAUCAGACGACGACAGCUGCGUGAUCACCGCAUCCCUCCACAUCCCCGCCGCGUUCAGUCGCGGCGGCGGCAGACGAGGUCCGCGCUCCACCCCGCGCAGGCGGUCCACCUCAGGCUCGGAGUCCUCCAACAAAUCGUCCAACAAGUCGUCCAACAAGCGUGACUCGGCCGUCGGGUCGUCCUCGCCGGCAUCAGCGUCGGCAGCGUCGUCCCCGCCGGCCAGCCCGCCGCCCGCGCCGGCGCCGCUGCGAGUCACGUUGACGUCGGCGGCCGAGUUGAGGCGGCCCUCACCUGAUUUAGACAGACUUAUGGCGCUAAGCAGAGAGCGCAACACAUCAGACGCGCGCGCAGUGAUGCUGCGGCAGCACGACGACAGCACCGUGCGCACGCGCAGCUCCUCGCGCACCGAGACCACCACCACGCGCACAGACGGCGCCACUCGCAAGGACGGCUCCACGCUGUACAAGCGCGGGGAGCUCAUCUCCAGCGCGAGACCCUCGUGACAACCUUGCGUACAUACACUAAUAUUUAUCAGUU